GGGUGGUGCAAGGCGGAUGGCAUGGAGGAGGGUACGCCUUGAACAGAACAUGAUUGUGGGGAUUGGAAAAUGACUAGGUUUUUGGAACAGUCUGUUUUGAUGAGUGACUAUGUGGCUUUUGUGGCUUUUCAUCCGAUCCGAUGCGUGUUACUAUCUAGUGUGUAAAGUUACCUCUCCGAGAAUUAAAGAACAGUUUUGAGCAACCAAGACAAUGGACAUUGUGGAUGACGACAACAAGGCGCAAACGACACCCCGUAUCCCCAUUACUGUCUUUACAGGGUUUCUAGGUGCCGGCAAAACAACCCUCAUCCUCUCACUCAUCCAACGUCUACCCAAGGGAUACAAUGUCGUAUUGCUCAAAAACGAAUUUGGAGACGUCAAAGUUGAUAGUGAAUUGGCAAGGGAAUCUAAUGUCAAGGUUACUGAGAUGCUGAAUGGAUGCAUGUGUUGUGUCCUUGUUGGACAAAUGAAGAAUGCACUUGAAGAAAUCCGAGAUACAAUGUCCCCCUCCCGUAUCAUCAUAGAAACCUCCGGCUCAGCCUUCCCCGCCCCAAUCGCCUGGCAAAUCCGUUCCCUCCCCUCCUUCUCCCUCGACGCGAUCAUAACCGUAAUAGACUGCCUAAAUUUCAAAGGCUACGAAGACACAUCCUACACGGCAAAACUCCAAGCCCAAUACACAGACCUUCUCCUGUUAAAUAAAUACGAAUUAGCAUCAGAGCGACAAUUGGAAGACGUCCUUGACCGCGUGAACGAUUUGAAUACGGAUACACCCAAAGUACCCGCCCUGAACGGCUCCGUGAACCCGGAUUUGGUAUUUGGAAUUGAUACGAGUUUAUUUGGACUUGAUACAAAGGAAGCUGAUACCAAAACCUGGGCGGGACUGGUUGAUCCCCAUCACAUGGACAAUGAAGUCGAUGUCGUCUGCCUUGAAUCAUCCACUUUUGAUUAUACACUGAAUCGAGUGGAGCUGGAUAAACUGUUGGGUUCUAUUCCUUCUGAUGUAAUUUAUCGUAUCAAGGGGUUGAUCCUCCUCUCUGAUCCGGAUGGAUUAUUUAUUUUGAAUUGGGCUUUUGGGAGGUAUGAAUUGACGCCUGUUACGAGGGAGAUUGUGGGGGUGCGAGUCAAGGUGACGGUGAUGGGAGUGGAUAUGCAGCGGUGGGUUGAAACGUUGCGAGUUGGGUUGGGAAUCGGUGUAUAGAAUGAGAUGUGGAAGAAUACAAUAUUUAUUGUAUUAAGAGAUUGAUUUUCUCCUCCUC